ACAACAAGUCUAUUUCAACAGCACAGUAAAGAAUCUGCCAAACACUGUGUGUGGAUACAGCAUGGCAGGAGCCAAUUAUCUGCUAUCUGAAGAUCAGUUCCUGUGCUCCAUCUGUCUGGAUGUGUUCACUGAUCCAGUCAGCACAUCAUGUGGACACAACUUCUGCAAAAACUGCAUCACUGAAAACUGGAAAAUCAAUAUGCGCCGAUACAUGUGUCCCAUGUGUAAAAAGGUUUUCAAGACAAGACCUGAGCUGCAGGUCAACACCUUCAUCUCUGAGAUGGUUGUUCAGUUCAGACAGUCAGCUCAACGGAAAACCAGCAGCUCCGAGCAACAAGAGUCCAAACCAGGAGAAGUUCCCUGUGACGUCUGCACUGGACCCAAACUGAAGGCCCUGAAGUCCUGCCUGGUGUGUCUGGCCUCCUACUGUGAGACUCACCUGGAGCCUCAUCUGACAAUGUCAGGCCUGAAAAGACAUCAGCUGAUCGACCCUGUGGAGAACCUGGAAGACAAGAUGUGUACGAAGCACAAUAAACCUCUGGAGCUGUUCUGUAAGACCGACCAGACAUGUGUCUGCAUGCUCUGCACCUAUUCUGACCAUAAGAUGCACGAGUUUGUUCCUUUGAAAGAAGAAUUUGAAGAAAGGAAGGUUGAGCUGGAGAAGACAGGGGUUAAAAUUCAGCAGAUGAUCCAGAAGAGACGACUAAUGAUUCCAAAGAUCAAACAGUCAGUCAACUUCAGCAACGAAAACACAGACAGAGAGAUAGCAGAAAGUGUUCGGGUCUUCACAAUCCUGAUGGAGUCUGUCAAGAGACGCAUGAACGAGCUCAUUGAGACAAUUGAAGAGAAGCAGAGAACGACAGAGAAACAGGCGGAAGACCUUAUCAAAGAGCUGGAACAGGAAAUCUUUGUGCUGACUGAGAGAAGUGCUGAGGUAGAUCAGCUCUCAUGUUCUGAAGACCACCUCCACCUCCUCCAAAGCAUCCAGUCCUUUUACGAUGUUCCACCCACCAAGGAUUGGACAAAGGCCAGCAUCCAUCCAUCAACACAUGAGGGGACUGUGGUGAAAGCUGUCGCUCAGCUGGAGGAGACGCUCAGUAAAGAGAUGAAGAAGCUGGUUAAAGCUGAGCUGAAGAGGGUCCAGAAGUUUGCAGUGGACUUGACUCUUGAUCCUGAUACAGCAAAUCCUGAACUCAUCCUGUCUGAUGAUGAAAAACAAGUGAAUCAUGGUGACGUGAAGAAAAAUCUCCCAAACAACCCAGAGAGAUUUUGCACUAGUCUUUGUGUCUUAGGAAAGCAGAGUUUCUCGUCAGGGAGAUCUUACUAUGAGAUUCAGGUCAAAGGAAAGUCUGAGUGGGAUUUAGGAGUGGCCAGAGAGUCGAUCAACAGGAAGGGACUCAUCACACUGAGCCCUGAGGAUGGUUACUGGACCAUAUGGUUGAGGAAUGGAAACGAGUACAGAGCUCUUGAUGAACUUGAUGUACGUCUCUCUCUGAAGUCUCGGCCUCAGAAGGUGGGGGUGUUUGUGGAUUAUGAGGAGGGUCUGGUCUCCUUCUAUGACGUAGAUGCUGCAGCUCUUAUCUACUCCUUCACUGGCUGCUCCUUCAAUGGGAAACUCCUCCCAUACUUCAAUCCUGGACUGAAUGAUGAUGAUAAAAACUCCACCCCUAUAAUAAUCUCUUGACUCUUGUCACUGGACUGAAGUCAUGAGUUUGAUGAUUUCAUUUUCAUUUGUGACGUGACUUUAUUUGGAAAUAUGUUGAUGGACUUCCCCUUCCCAACAAGAGGAAGAUUCUUAGCCAAGAACACAAGAGAGAAGACAUUCACAGCAUGAUUUGUUAUUAUCAUUUAUGAAUCUCUCACCUAAAUGAAACCUAAAUGGAAUACACUUACAAUUAUAUUAGUGUCAACAAUGAGGAAGAUCUAAAACAUCUAACUGUGGUUAUUAACAGAUGGAUAAUACUGUUCAUAUAUGUAUGUUCUGUAUGGCUACUCAUGAGUAAUAAUUAGUGUAAACCAGCUCCCGCUCUUUACAGCUUCAUGCUCCAAUAGUAAUGUUGAGUGUUUUCCUAAUAGAGUUUCUAUUAUCAACCUGUUUGAACCUUGACACUGUUUUUUUUAUUCUGUGCUAAAUUGGUAUCUACUGCUGUACUGUAUAUAACAAUUACUAUGACCACAUAUUAUCAUUGACAGUUUUACAAUUUAUGAUUUACAGUAUUUUAACACACUAUUAAGAAUUACUCAGUUGCUGUUUAGGAGUUGAAACACAAAAUUUAGGAUCGCCAACUGGAAUGUCAAGACUUGAUGCCUGCACCAAACUGACUUGAUCCUAUCUCUGAAGAGGUCAAAACUCCAGCGACAUUUGUUGCAUACAGAACCACUUUAUUGUUUUGACCAACGCAUGUCGGCUUGUGGCCUUCAUCUGGGUCAUCCGAUCCUAACUCUGGACAAAAGCUACAGAUUCAUUGGUUGUAUACGUUGUAUUUCUAUUUUUAUUUUAGCAGAUUUUGAGUGAUGUGCUUCAUUCUUGAUACAAUGUGGUGAAGACAUUCAUGGUCCCCUGAUGAUGUAUCCUGCUGACUUUAGUGAUCAUCUGACUUUCACCGAAGCGCCACCAUGAGAUUGACUUCUUAGUUAUUGAGUGAAAUAUCUAUUGGAUGGUUUCAUGAUAAUGGUAAACACAUUUAUGGUCCCCAGAGGAUGAAUUAUAACAACUUUGAUCUACUGAAAUGUCAUCUAGCGCCAUCAUCCGGUCAACCUUUGAAUUUGUCCAAUGCUUUGGUUUAUGACCAAAUACCUUUUAGACUAAAUCGAAAUUCCCAUCAGUCUCCGCUGGAAAUUGUGUUUAGGGAAAAGCUAAUGUUUGCUAACAUGCUACACCAACAAGGGGAACAAGGUAAACUUCAUAUCCGACCAAAAUAUAUGUAAAUAAAAUAGCAUUAUCACUGUCUGUUAGCAUGCUGUUAGCAUUUAGCAGAGAUCAUCAUGUAGUACAGCCUCACAGAGCUGCUAUAUGAUUGAAGACCCUUAAUGUUGUUAUGGGAUGUAUCUCAAAAGUUGACUGCUUCGACAGUUAACAGUUAACAGUUUCCAAAUAUUCAUACACUAAUCUCUCCAGUCCUAUCAGAUACACCAGUGUGUCCAAUGUUGCAAAAACAUGUUGUACGUCAUCUAGGUCUUGUGGAAUCACAUAGAAUUUCUGAUUUCUGCAUCGUCUGUCAUAGUGAGACGAACAUGAUUUCAUCAGUGCUUAUUCACAUCAAGUCUCAUCAAUUGCACAAAGGGAAGAGUGUUUGUUCUGCACUGUUCUCAGUGAGGUAUGUCUAAAACAUCUAAAAACCUAUUUUAACCAUUUUUAUUCAAUGUCAUGAUUUGAGAGAAAAUCUAGAACAAGGCGGAUUUCUUGUUGUUCAUA